AUGAUUUCGAGCACCACUGGUCCCGAUAGUGAUCUGGAGAGGGUUCGCGGAUCCGGCGAUAGCGUAGAGGAGGCUCAUCGCGAGGCGAUGAUGGAUACCGAGAACAUGACCCGAGAGCAGCGUAUGCUCGUCUCGGUAGCGAUGGUUCAAUCUCGCGCAGACGAUGACGGAGGCGAUGGCUCUCCUGACGACGGGAUGACUCCCUACUGCUUCUACCCGGGAAAUAUUUUCGAGGAGCAGCGCCGACUCGAUCCGUCGCGAGCUCGUCCCCCUGUAGUUGAGGGGCAAGACUGGAGGAACGUUUUACCGACGCGAUCCACAUUCGAGUCGGUGACGAAGCUGCUGAAGAGAGGCAAGGCGACCGGGGUUACAUUCAUAAUCCCGUCAAAGACCCAAAGGCCGUGGUCCCCCCCGAAGGGGUAUCAGUGCGUAUACGAGUCGUACUUCGAAAAGGACACGAAACUAUGGUUUCCGAUUCCUCGACUCGUCACCGCCUACACGAUGCGCCGAGGAGUCGCUUUGAGCCAAUUCUUGAAUGGCGCUUGGCGUCUAGCAGUUGCGCUAAUGGUGAUUGGGGCGGAAGCUGGCGCUGCUCUCAGCGUCCGAGCAUUUGAGGAGCUGGUCUCGGUGAAGAUUAAUCGAGGCCUGUUAUCACUGAAGAUACGCCCGAACUAUAAUGUGGUAACGGGCUAUCCGACCAAGACGAACGACUGGCAGCGAUCGUACUUCUAUGUUAAGUCCGAUCGCUCGGCUUUCGAGGAGCCGCUGAAGACCGGUUACCGUGUUCUUUGGAACAAUGAAUUUGUUCCUCACUCGAAUACCGCGGAGUACGAGGAAGAUUUCUUGGAGAGUGCUCGGAUUAUCGCGUCCCAGAAACAGGAUUUUUGGGAGAACUUCUCGUACAGGAGGAUUCGUAGGUCGAUUGAUCGGAUCAAGCGGCAGGUUUGGCGUUCGGACACCGUUCCUCUCAUCACCAAAAAGUCGAAGAGAAUCAACUUGUUCACCAAAGCCGAGCAGAUUGAAAUUAACCGAGCCAGAGCUAUGAGGGAAUUGCCGGAUCUAAGUUUGGUGGUUGGGAAGCAACUCGGGUUCGUGGAACCGGACCAAAGCUCUAACGCAAACUCCUCUGAUCCCGGGGAGCCGAGAGCGACUGAGUCGGACGGGGCUCAGCUCGUGAGAAAGUCGGGGAGCAAGAGGAAGGAGAGGGAAGGCGUUUCUUCCGAGGAGAAGCAAGCCGAGGAGACUUCCACCGGUGGGGGCGCCGGAUCGGAGAAGAAGCGGGCGCGCAAGGAUCCCGUUGAGGUUCGGCCUUCCUCUGUGGAGAGAGGUGAGCUCCAGGCCUUGGAGCCUAGCAACAAUUCUCGAGAUGACGUUCUCCCGGAUCCGUCUCUCGAUGGUGGUCUUCAGGGGACUUCUUCUAAGGUGAAGAAGAAGUCGAAAAAGAAUAAUAAGAAGAGUGCCGGCGAAUCCUCGGGGCACGAGAUAGCGCCCAAUACGGAGAAGGAGACCGUGGAGGCUCCGACUACUGCCGUUUCCCUCCCCAAGGCGGCGGUUCGUGAAGAUGCCCGGGGAUCGAACAGGUCCUCUCCGAAGGCUCAGGAGGGUAAGGCUGUGCCGAAGAACCUGCAGGGGUUUUGCCCGGAUAAAGUGGACUUCAUUUUCAAGCGGGACACUCCUCUCGUUUGUAACGAGAGAGAUUGCGCUCGUUUCGUCCGCCAAGUCCGGGGAAGUAGGGAGCAUCUCCCACUCGUCAAGGACUUAGUUUUCCAAGACGAGUACACCGCUGCUGCCGGUUCCUCGGUUAAGGUAAGUAUAGUUUCUGCAUCGCAUUCGUUUCUCGUCUUUCUUCUCAUUUGGUCGUCCUAUCCCAACUCUUUCUUUGAUGUGUUGCAGAGCCAAGGUGACUGGAACGAGGUCGUCCGCAUAUACGACAAAGAGCUGAAGAGGACCUAUGGUGUGAUUGAUAGGCAACGGCGCAACACCAAGGAGGCGACUGUCGCCUUAGAGGUCAUGCUGAAGAAGAAGGACGAAGCGGUUAUUGCAGAAGCGGCCAUGAGGGAUGAACUCUCCCAGAAAGAGGCGGCUAUGAACAAGGAGCUGAAGCGAGCCCGGGAGUUGGUUAAAGCGCUCGAGAAAGAGAAAACCAAGCUGGCAAACGAGAAGAAGACCCUCGAGGAAGAGAAGGCGGCUGCUGCCUUAGAGCAUUCCAAGGAGAUGGAUCGUCUCCGAGAGUCGCGCCGCUAUGAGGUUACUCACGAACGGAUCCGAGUAAUGGCGGCGAUGCAUGGGAAAGCCGCCGCUCGCUUCCAGAGGAUCCAGGAUCGGGAGUCCCGUCGUGAUAACUUUGAGGAUGCGAGAUGCAUGCUCGGCCAGGCUCGGGGGAUGAGACGUUGCCUUGAAGGGAUGAAAGCGGCAGGUAAAAACAUCUCUCAGGGAGAUAUUGAUAUCUACGCCGGGCAAGAGAGGCAUUAUGAUGCGGAGGUGAAGCGUUUGAUCGUAGAUGAUCUUCUCGAGAAGGACCUUUCUUUAUCUCCUCUCGUGCUCGAGUCGAGGUUCGUUAUCCAGGAGAUGAUGGAUAAAAUCGACAAAUUUGGGUCGAACAUGGACUUGCUCGACUCCGAGGCCGCCAAGACGCUUCGCACUCCCUCAGAGCACCAGGGGAUCGAUCCGAAGAGCCGUCGAAGAGCCUUCUCGACACCGUUCAGUCGCCAGCUCGCCCUGAUGCUGUUCUCCCGGGUCAAGAAGUUGCCCUUAAGGACCCUUCCGUGGCUGAGGAGACGAACAAGUCAGCUCCCGACGAACCGAUCUCCAACACGCCGGUCAAUAUCUCCGACUCGCCGUCAUUCGAGGAUGCGGAUUCUGGCGCGAGUGAAGGACAUCUCGAGGGGGCGGACUCUGGCGCGAGCGAAGAACAUCCCGAGGAGGAUCUUCCUGCCUUGGAUUAGUAUUUGA